CCUAUAGCCGCCGCCACUAUCUCCUCUUCUCCCCACCUUUCUCUUUGCUCUCUGUGAACGAAGGAAGAAACAGAACCAUGGCUACCGCCACCUCCUCUCCGUGGCACCGCCGCUCACGACCACCCCUCGUCGAUCCGAGACCACCAGAAGAUCCGCCUUGUCGUCCUCUCUAUCCCCGUUCAAGGAAUCGAGCCGGGGCUCUCUCAAUCAACGGUGAAAUCGCCGAUUCCGCCUCCAACUCCGACAAGCAAUUCGUUGAUUCUGGCCACCCUCGUCCGCCCCCGGCCAAACCGGGCACACCAACGGCUUCCUCGUGUUCAGCCGCACCUUCGACGCCAUCUCGCUUCUUCUGGUUCGUUCCCAGGCGACGAAUCCAUCUCCGACCAAAGCUCCGUUCCGCCAUGGCCUUCAUCCCCGAGUUUCGUCUCGUCUGCUUCAAAAUCUCGGGCCGCCAUACUUCAGUUUACGUGGAGGCUGUCCAUACUCAAAAUCACCAGGCAGCCAAACUGAUCCACACGGGUUUUGGCCCAGAUCCUCUUCCGGAGCAGCCCGUUUCUCCAUGCGCCCAUCUCCUGCCCGUCGCUGCUUGCAGGCCAGAUUCGGCCCAGAACGGCGCAGCAUUUGCUUUUUCCCGGAUAGGAUCGCGAAGUGGUGUGGUGAGAUACGCCAAGUUCUCUGGAUGUCCCUCGGCAAGGUUUAACAGGCAAGCUUUUCCCCUAUACUUCUGCCCCUGCAGAAGUCGCUUACCUAUUUUAUUUUGCCUUCUCCCUCAUGCUAUCCUUAAGUUGCGUUCUUGUCACGUGUCCUUUCCACUUGUUACCUCAAGCAGCCCAUAUUGCCACCACCACCUCCUACGGCUAUUGUUUGGUUAUCGAGUCUGCCCUUGCGAGUCGUAGUGCAUGCUAGUGCUGUUUUAUCUCGUUACCGUUUUGUUAUCUUAUCGGGUUAUAUGUUGGGAAGAAUCAUGGUUACUUUAGUUGUUGAUAAUUGUUUAGCGGAGACAUCGGUGAGUAAGCUGAUCGUUUUGUGACGGCUCACUUGUGUUUCCUAAAUAUCUUAGGACCCCGAGUUCUUGUUAUCUGUUCCGAGACUGAGCGCUCUAACCACACGUGGGUAUGCUUACCGGGUCUCCCCUCGACCACUGCCGGAAUUUACAGCUUUGUCCAGUGGCCACAACUAGUUUGGAUGUUUGUUUUGUUUCUCCCGGGCGUGCAAGCUUGUUUCUUUGUGGUCGGAUGAUAUGAUGUUACUUUUGGGGAAGCCGUGAGUGCCUUGUAACCCCGUUGUCUCUUGCACGCUCGUAGGAUGCGGUACGUAUUGUUAAGAGGUCAUCCUCUAGUGGGCUCUGAUCCUCUUAGCCGUAGACGCAAACAGCUAAG